AUGUCUUCGUUACAGCUUGAGCAUAAUUUGUGGAAUAGACAUCUUGCUGCUGUCCUGAACUUCCGACAUAUACUUAACAAUCUAAGAUAUUAUGGGACUAUACCUUUAAGGUUCACCCGCGUCAUUCGGAUUGGAUGUAUCAGAAGACAAGCAGAAGAAGAUUUCCAGGAGGGUCGUCGUUUGAGACAAAGACUGACUAGACUUCAAAAAAAGAUAAAACAAUUAUGUUCUGGUUACUGCUUAGGACCCACCCAAGUUACCGCUGGGUUUAAGAUGAGUGAUACUCUAAAGCCAUAUACAAUAGCCACCAAGACAACCAAGGUUCCUGAUCGGUAUUAUACACCACAGCCAAUUCCCAAAACACCAAAAGAAUCGAGUCUUGAAUUCUCUUAUUUGCCUACACCACCACCUUCUACUGUGGCAGUACAGCCUACCACAACAUCAAAAGCAAAGGAUCCAUGCUGUUUCGGAUGUAUACUUGCCUGUCUAUUGUGCUGUGCUGUCAAGAACGAAACUCAAAGUCCUGAUACAACCACAGGCUAA